AUGAAUACUCACAACAAUUAUAAUAGUUUUAAGACGGAGAAGGAGGGAAAAGGAGAGAUGAAGAUCAGCAACACCGAGUUACAACGUUAUUGGUUUAGUUUCUGUCAACACGUGUCUUGUGUUGCCAAAACAUUCUUCUUCUUAGUUACAUGUUUGUAUCGCCAUAUCCUCCUCAGAGUUCACCCAUUAUGGAUCCAAAUAGCCUAUUUCAUGUCCCUUUCGUUCCUAGGUUUCUGUCUUCUGAAACUAAUCCAACCCAGAAGUAGUAGUACCAAUUCUUCUACGCCAAUCAUAAGUAACUUGGACUUGUUCUUCACCUCUGUGUCUGCCUCCACAGUGUCAAGCAUGUCGACCGUUGAAAUGGAGGUUUUCUCUAACCCUCAGCUUAUUGUCAUCACCUUAUUAAUGUUCCUAGGAGGUGAAGUGUUUACCUCCAUGGUUGGUCUCUUCUUUAUUAGAUUAAAGCUCAAAACCCACCAAGACAAGUUAGCUACAUCUUCUGUUAGUAUCCCCCCUAUAACUUCUGUUCUUGAUCCAUUUGAGUUGGAGAUGGUGGAAGUAAGAUCUGAUCAACAACCCCAGAAUGUUAAGGAACCUGACAAUAACGACGAGUCAUCUGUCGUAGGUAAUGGAGAAUAUUUAGGCUACAACUCUAUCAAAUACCUAGGUUUUGUAGUCUUAGGUUAUCAACUAGUUGUCCAACUCAUAGGCGUAACGAUGGUGUCUGUUUACCUGUCAACUGUUUCUAGUGCUAAGCAAGUUUUAAAGAAGAAGGGAUUAGAACUGUUCACAUUCUCUCUCUUCACAGUAGUUUCUACAUUCGCAAGCUGUGGAUUCGUUCCUACAAACGAAAACAUGGUUGUUUUUGCUAAGAAUUCUGGUCUGUUAAUGAUGUUGAUUCCUCAGGUGUUACUUGGGAACACACUGUACCCUUGUUGCUUGAGAUUCUCGAUCUGGGUUCUGGGGAAAUUUGUGAAGAAAGAGGAAAGUGAGUACCUUGCGAAGAAUUCGCAAGAGGUUGGGUACAAACAUUUGCUGACGAGGGAGCAUUCGAAGUUCCUGUUAGUUACCGUUAUUGGGUUCAUUGUUGUGCAGUUCCUGGUGUUCUGUUCGUUGGAUUGGGAUUCUGUAGCAUUGGAGGGACUGAGUUGGUACGAGAAAGUGGUCGGAAUAAUCUUCCAAAGCGUUAAUUCCCGACAUACAGGCGAGACCAUCGUAGAUCUCUCCGUCUUAUCACCGGCCAUCUUGGUGCUGUUUGUGGCUAUGAUGUACCUUCCUCCAUACACGUCAUUUUUACCAGUGAAGAAGGGGAAGAAUGGAGAAGGCAAUAGUGAUCAAAGGAAAAGAAAGAGAAGAGGAAUAUUAGUGGAGAAUAUUAAAAUGUCCCAACUCUCCUAUCUCCUCAUCUUCAUCUUCAUGAUCUGCAUCACUGAGAGCAAAGACCUCACCCAAGAUCCCCUCAACUUCAAUGUCUUCAACAUAGUCAUUGAAGUCAUCAGUGCAUAUGGGAAUGUGGGGUUUUCAAUGGGGUACAGUUGUGGAAGAAGGAUAAAGAUGGAGGGGAAUUGUGAGAACAAGUCAACUGGCUUUGUGGGAAGGUGGAGCCCAGAAGGGAAGAGCAUUCUCAUUUUGGUUAUGCAUUUUGGAAGGCUUAAGAAGUUCAAUAUGGAUGGCGGCCAAGCUUGGAUCCUCCUCUGAUCUAAUGA